GUGGAAGGAGUGGUUAUGAAUUGGGUCGAGUGCAGAAUAAGCCAGACGUACGGAACAAGAGACGACCUCAGGAGAGUCCAUCCAGUAAUGGAGAGCUCAUGCGCACAGAACAGGCUGCGCACGCUUUGCUCUUUUCACAGGCGGACAUCAAAAAAGCAUACAUGAGAGCUUCGGCCAGGUCGUGGAUCCUGUUCUUAUGCAAAAAGGGGAGCUAUGGGAUUUGUUCAGAAGGGGAUUUACGUCUUUUUUUUCCUUUUGGCAUUGGCUUGGGUCGCACUUUAGCAGUCCGGUCUGUCUGUCUGUCUGUCUCUCUCUCCCCCUCCCCCCUCUCUCGAACUGCGAUCAUUUGCGGCAUGUCCCAGAGGUUGCCCCAGAGUUUGGGAAGGAACAGUGCAGUUCAUCCAGCAUCUCUUAUAAGAGAAUGCAUUCCUGGUGGAUGCUCCAACUGGGCUAGGGUUACUGGUCGCCAACGGUGAACCUGGUUCCAAGCUUGAGCAAAUCAACUUGGGGGGGAAAACAAAUUCGGCAUGGGGUUAAUCAACAGGAUCUAGAAUAGACAGAGUAA